AUGACAGAGGACUUGUCUAAAGGCAAUAGAAGGGAUCCUGGUUGGAAAUAUAACUACUUGAAGGACCCCGAUGACACUACAAGAGUCACAUGCAAUUUUUGUGAAAAAACAACCACGGGUGGAAUUAAUCGGGCAAAACAACAUUUGAUUGGAAAUUUUAGGAAUGCAGCGAAGUGUAAAAAAUGCCCAGAGGAAGUUAGAGAGGAACUGAAAAAUUACAUGGAGGAGAAAAAAAUAAGAAAUGAAGUCUAUACUAAUGAAUUUCCCAAAUUUGAUGAGUUUGAAUAUCAAGACAAUGUUGGUGGAGAAAAUGAAGUCCAAGAGAUCAAUCAUAAGAUAAGAGGCGGAGAAAGCUUUCCUAGUGGCUCUAAUAAGAAACUGGCCAAAGGAAAGGGACCUAUGGAUAUGUUUCUACAAAAGCGUGGAACACUUAGGCAAACAAAUAUCAAAGACUCGUGUGAUAAAGAAGCAAGAGCAAUGACGAUUCAAAAAGUAGCUCGCUUCUUUUAUGAUAAUGGGAUCCUAUUCAAUGUAGCUCACUCAAAAAGUUUUAAGGAAGCAAUUGAGGCUGUAGGAUGGUAUGGUCCAAACUUGAGGCCUCCAAGCUACCAUGAAUUAAGAGUUUCAUUACUUAGGAAGAAAGUUGAGUUGACCAAUGAGAUUAUAAACAGACAUAGAGAAGAAUGGGUGAAGUAUGGAACUUCCAUUAUGGCAGAUGGUUGGACAGAUAAAAAACAGAGAACUUUGAUAAACUUUUUGGUGAAUUCUCCACAUGGAAUAGUGUUAAUUGAGUCGAUAGAUGCUUCCUCACUUGUUAAGACCGGAGAGAAGUUAUGUGAAUUGCUAGAUAGAUAUGUGGAACGCGUUGGAGAACAGAAUGUGGUUCAAAUUGUAAGUGAUAAUGGUAGCAACUUUGUGUUGGAUGGUCAAUUGUUACAGAGAAAAAGACCACACAUAUUUCGGAUGCCAUGUGCAGCUCAUUGUAUAGAUCUUAUGUUAGUUGACAUAACGAAGAUUCCUAUCAUCAAGAAGACCCUCCAAAAAGCAAUUGCCCUUGUCGGUUUCAUUUAUGGACACUCAGGAGUAUUAAAUAUGAUGAGAAAUUUCACUAAAAAUAAAGAGUUGGUGAAAUGUGGAAUUACUCAAUUUGCAACGAGUUUUCUGACUUUGCAACGGUUGCAUUGUCAAAAAACAAAUCUGCGAGCAAUGUUUACAUCUGACAAAUGGGUUUCUAAUAUUUUGAAGAUAAUGGGGCCUCUUGUUAAAGUGUUGCGAUUAGCUGAUAAUGAGCAAAAACCUGCCAUGGGGUACAUUUAUGAAGUCGUGGAUAGAGCUAAGGAGGCUAUUGCUAAGGCAUUUGAAUGGAAUGCUGCAAAAUAUAAAGAUAUCUUUAAGAUUAUUAAUGAAAGAUGGCAAUGCCAAUUGCAUCAUCCAUUACAUGCUGCUGGACAUUAUUUAAAUCCAGAGUUCUUCUUUCAAAAUCUGGGUAUUGAGAAUUGUCAAGAAGUAACAGAUGGGUUGUAUGCUUGUAUUGAAAAAUUGGUUCCAAGCACUGAAGUACAAGACAAGAUCAUAUCAGAGAUACCAUUGUACACAAGAGCUGAACAACAAUUUGGCCUUCCUAUUAAAUUCGCGGUGGAUAAGCCUACUAAAGAGAUGAAGAAAAUUGAGGAUAAGCUUAUUGAAAAGAUAUAG